AUGAAGGCUACACUGCUGCUGCUCUUUGUCGCGCUCAUCACAAUCAAAGCUGUAGCCGGAGGGAAAAACAACAAAGAGAAAAUUAAACCUUCCCCGUCCGGGUCGGAUUGCACCGACUGGCGCUAUGGAAACUGUGUCCCUAGCAACGGAGACUGUGGUGCCGGGUUUAGGGAGGGGACAUGUAAUCAGCAAACCAAGAAAAUGAAAUGCAAAGUUCCCUGCAACUGGAAAAAGAACUUUGGAGCUGACUGCAAGUACAGGUUUGGAAGUUGGGGCGAUUGUGACGCAAAUUCGGGCGUCCAGACCAGAAGCGGAACUUUGAAGAAGGCGCUGUAUGAUGCCGAGUGCCAGCAGACCAUUUCUGUCACCAAACCCUGCCUUGGCAAAACCAAGACAAAAAGCAAAGGAAAGAAGAAAAAAGGAAACGGACAGUAA